CUAACACCUGGAUUCAUCAGCAGUGUUUGAAUGCUAUUUCGGCUCUUUAAGCGAAUGACGGACCCUGCCGCCAAGGUUGUGGCUCUCAAAGAUGCAACGAGCGCACUGAACGGCGAAACGACGCAGUGGCCACUCAGCUUCAAGAUACAACCCCAACCACAGCAAGGCCUGGAGGCAUUUGGUGUUACUUCCGCAAAAGGGAAGCCCAAAAAGCGCUGGUGGAGCCAUCUCUUGUAUCGAGGCCCAAACAAUGAACGGGUUAAGAUUCAGUACAGCAAAACGAAGGCGGAUUCGGAGGUAUUGGCACAGCAAUUCCUCAAGGAGAAGGUUGUUGGCUUCGAUAUGGAAUGGCCGUGGGACGAUUGGAGACAACCAAACAGACUCCAGAACAAGAUUGGCCUCAUCCAAGUCGCCACAGAAGACAAAAUCGCUCUCUUUCAUAUUGGGCUACACACAGGAGACACCAUUGACGACCUUCUGGCUCCGUCAUUACGCAAGUUGAUAGAAAGCCCGGAGAUUGGGAAAAUUGGCGUUGGCAUACUCAACGCAGACUUUGCCCGAUUGAGCAGGUACUUCAAACUGAAGCCGAAAGGAGCAGUCGAGCUCAGCCACUUGCACCGUCUUGUCACAUUUGGAGGGCGGAAGCCGGAGCUUGUCUCGACUAAAAUGACGAGCCUUGCAAAUCAGGUCGAGCAACACCUUGAGCACCCUCUUUACAAGGGUGAUGUGAGAACCUCGAAUUGGAGCAAACCUUUGUCGCAAGAGCAGAUCAAAUAUGCUGCAGGAGACGCGUACGCUGGGAUCAUGCUAUACCAUUGCCUGAAUUACAAGCGUCUUCAAAUGAAGCCGACUCCGCCUCUGCCCAUACACGCGGACAAAUACCUGAGCUACAAGCUCGCUGGAGUCAGCUCGCUGUAUCUGGAGUCAUCAGAAGAGAGUGGCAAAAUCAUGACUUCGGCGUUCUUCUUCGGGGUGCAAACCGCGCCUGAAGACCUCUCGAAGUCCAAAAAGACAGCGGCGACCUCCAGGAUGACAUCUAAGUCCACAGCCAAAACUAAAUACACGACAACAUCCAACUAUGCAAAUAAGGAAGCACAGCCUGUAGUCCGCCGAAUAGCGGCCAAGUCGACUAUAACAUUAUCCUUGGAUUCUACCUCACAAGCUCUUCACGACGAACUAUGCAUCUGGCGCAAAGCUGUUGCUGCCGAGGCCAAAUUGCCAGCUUACCGUGUCGCCUCAGACCAAAUCCUGUUAAGGCUUGCAGGGGAACGUCCUCUUACCAGCGAGUCCUUGCUGAAGGUCAGAGGUCUUGGAAUACAACGAGAGAAGUUAUACGGCAAGCAAAUGAUUGGGGUCAUAUCGUCCUUUAUGGCUAAGAACGGCAUCAGUGCACCUGAGGACGUUGCUGGCGCACCAGCGAACCCUACUCACGCAACUAUGGAUGGCACAGUCGACAAGGUUGUGCUUCCUGCGACGCCCGAUCGCAGCUCACGACGUAGACGAACUGUGCGGCCUGGGACACCAGACUCAUCACCGGCCUUAGGUACACCUCCACCCCCACGUACACCUCAACUGCACACCGGAUUGUCCUUCACACUAGCAGAAACGAAGCUAGCGGAAUACGAGGACUCUGACGACAGCGUACCGUCACUAGACUUCGGUCGAUCACCCUCCAGAAGAACCUCAGGCCGGAAACGAAAACGAAUGGAGAGCCCAACAAAGCACGACGCACCGAGUAGCUCGCAGAAACUGCAACAGACGAUCCAAACCUACCGCUACUCGGAAGGUGUCUCUGAAAGUCAGCCGCUCAAAGUGUCACCAAGGGUGCGAAGAGUGAUAGCUGCGCCGACCAAUCCGCCAUCGAAUACCUCCACGGUAGAGGAGCCCCUCACACCUCGAUCAAAAAUCUUCCGCAACAAGCUCGUAGCACUCAGCAGGCAAAUCGCAACAAAGCAACAAACCAAACCAGACACUAUCGUAUCGGCCGAGACGCUUGAGGCCAUUGCCAGAAAUCCGCCUCGGACGCAUGACAAGCUUCGUCGUAUGCCAGGCGUAGAGAAGUUGCUCGUUGCUUGUGUGGAUACGGAUACGGAUCUGCUCGCAAAGAUCCAGAAGUUUGCACCCAUGAGAAGUGUGGUUCGUAGUGUGGUCACUAAGUCCUGCAGCGACGACAGGCCUUAAUUGACUUUGUGCGUGGAGCAUACUAUCGCGAUGGGGCACCAGGGACAUCUACCUCUGCAGCGAGGGUUUGAGGAGAAGUUUUCAGCGUGUUGAGAUACGACGCAGAUGUUAUUUGUUUUGAUACCCAGCCGUUGAAUGCAUUGGCUUUCUCGAUUAGGCCCUGUACAGCACUCACCGAACGUCACAUGUGAAAGGAGCAGUACCCGGUGCUCGGAUGGUGGUUUGAUUGGC